GGGGGAAGCCAACAAACGUAUCGAAGAAAAAGAGUUAUCUCUUUCUAAAAACUGCCCAUAACACUCCUUGGCUUCAAUGGCUACCAUGGCUUCUUCUUUGCUCAAUACUGUCUCUUCUUCUAUUAGACUCUCCAAUUCCAGCUCAAACCCACGGCGUACUUUAUCAUUGCCAACACCCAUUUCUCUCUCUCGUUCUCGGAAAAGGAUAACAACAAUCAGAGCAACGGAGACAGAUGCAAACGAAGUUAAAGCUAAAGCACCAGAGAAGGCGCCGGCUGCAAGUGGCUCGGGCUUUAAUCAAAUUCUUGGCAUCAAAGGGGCUAAGCAAGAAACUGAUAUUUGGAAGAUCCGUGUUCAACUUACAAAGCCUGUUACCUGGCCUCCAUUGAUUUGGGGAGUAGUCUGUGGAGCUGCUGCUUCUGGUAACUUCCAUUGGACUGUGGAAGAUGUUGCUAAAUCAAUUGUUUGCAUGAUGAUGUCCGGCCCAUUUUUAACUGGUUACACACAGACAAUCAAUGAUUGGUAUGAUAGAGACAUUGAUGCUAUAAAUGAACCUUACCGGCCAAUUCCUUCAGGAGCCAUAUCUGAAAAUGAGGUCAUCACUCAAAUUUGGGUGCUUCUUCUAGGAGGCCUUGGAACAGCUGGUAUAUUAGAUGUGUGGGCAGGGCAUAACUUCCCCUCAAUAUUUUAUCUUGCUCUGGGUGGAUCGCUGCUAUCUUAUAUCUACUCAGCUCCGCCUUUAAAGCUCAAACAGAAUGGAUGGAUUGGCAACUUUGCACUAGGCGCAAGCUAUAUUAGCUUACCAUGGUGGGCUGGUCAAGCAUUGUUCGGAACCCUUACACCUGACAUAGUAGUUCUCACACUAUUGUACAGCAUAGCUGGGCUUGGUAUUGCGAUAGUAAAUGACUUUAAAAGUGUCGAAGGAGACAGAAAAAUGGGACUUCAGUCCCUUCCAGUGGCUUUUGGCGAGGAGACUGCUAAAUGGAUAUGUGUUGGUGCCAUAGACAUAACUCAACUCUCUGUAGCAGGGUACCUUUUAGGAGCUGGUAAACCAUAUUACGCCUUGGCGCUUCUUGGGUUAAUUGUUCCACAGGUCUUUUUUCAGUUCAAGUACUUCCUCAAAGAUCCAGUCAAAUAUGAUGUCAAGUAUCAGGCAAGUGCUCAACCAUUUCUGAUUCUUGGUCUUCUGGUGACUGCCUUAGCUACUAAUCAUUGAUAUACAGUUUGAAAAUGUAUCAAGAUAACUUAGAAAAAGGUGCGAAGUCCCACAUAUGGAGGACGAAAACCCGAAGCAAGUUUCACAUUCUCCCCAUAAUUGUUCCCGAUUUUGUUUCACUCUUGCUUUUUAUUUUUAUUUUGGUUGUUAAAAUCUCUCUAUUUUCGGAUGGCCGAGUCGUUGGUGUGAUAUGAGACGGUGAUUGUUGUAUAUAUAGGAUUAUUUGACAAUUAAACUUAUGAUUUGCCUUUC